AGUAUAAAUGUUUAGCGAUAACUGACAAACGAAAUACAAUCGAAGAUGUUGGAUUCCACGUACAGAAGACACAUGAACGAAUAGGCAUAACCUGCACCCGAUUCCUUACCAGUAUUUAAAGUUUUUCCUGUUUAUUUUAUUUGUUCACCCGACAAUGAUUACGCACGUGCAUAUGUAAUUGCUGAUUAGACAAGAUACAGAAUUUGCUUUAAUUUCAUUUAAGGCUUCGAUAUCCUAUUUCAAACUCCUUCAACUAGCUACGGUCUCUUUAAGAGUUAUGUACGAAGGCUGGCUGAUGUAGGACGACGGUUUGCGCUGCGCUCGCGCUGACACCUCAUCAUGGCCUCCGUACAGCCACCGCUGCGAGCGACAAUGAGCAGACCAGCCAGUGGCCCUUUCCUUCCGCGAGCGGAGACGGCAGUCAAGCCGAAACAGAGGCACCGGUAGAGGGGAGCACGCCGGGGGAAAUUUCUCCUCAUGCCACCCCGGUCUCCUCGAUGUCUUCGUCAAAAUCCACCUACAGCCAUCUAACAAAGAGGGGCGCAAACCCGGGGGGCGGCGGCGGAAACAUGAACACAAACCGGGAUUAUUCGAUUAACCUGUCGGUGCAGCAAGUGCUGAGCCUGUGGGUUCAGGGCACGACGCUGCAACACUUCACAGAGAUGUGGUACUGGGUGUUCCUGUGGAGUCUCUUCUCGUCUCUCUUGGUGCAUGGUGCGGUGGGGCUGCUGAUGCUGGCCAUGCUGCAGCGACACAGCAGGGGGCGUCUCAUCACACUGGGGCUGCUGAGUGCUGGCUUCCUGGCCUCCCUGUGUGGAGGGGUCAUCACAAGUGCAGCUGUAGCAGGGGUGUACCGUGUGGCAGGGAAGGAUAUGGCUCCUCUCCAGGCUCUGGUGUUUGGUGUCGGCCAGACGGCCCUCUCCCUCCUCAUCUCCUUCUCACGCAUCCUGGCCACGCUGUGAGGACACACAUAUACACACACUCACACACACUCACACCACACACACCACACACACUCACACACUCUCACACACAUACAAACACACUGAACUCGAGGAUGUACAAGCCAACCAGAGACUUGGGGGGGUGGCAACUGAGAUCGCCAACCGCAGGGUCUGAUUGGAGGAGGGGAGGGAUGGUGAGCGGUCGUCCUCCGGUCUGAUUGGAGGAGGGGAGGGAUGGUGAGCGGUCGUCCUCCGGUCUGAUUGGAGGAGGGGAGGGAUGGUGAGCGGUCGUCCUCCAUCCUGUGGAUGUUCGAGGCUCCAGUCUGAAGACAUCUCCAGGUGUCCCUGGUCCAGCCCUGCUCCAGUCCAGCACCCCUCCAUCUCAGCGUCCCUGGUCCAGCCCUGCUCCAGUCCAGCACCCCUCCAUCUCAGCGUCCCUGGUCCAGCCCUGCUCCAGUCCAGCACCCCUCCAUCUCAGCGUCCCUGGUCCAGCCCUGCUCCAGUCCAGCAUCCCUCCAUCUCAGCGUCCCUGGUCCAGCCCUGCUCCAGUCCAGCAUCCCUCCAUCUCAGCGUCCCUGGUCCAGCCCUGCUCCAGUCCAGCACCCCUCCAUCUCAGCGUCCCUGGUCCAGCCCUGCUCCAGUCCAGCACCCCUCCAUCUCAGCGUCACGGGACCCACACCAGUCCUCCUGUCUGCACUGAUAUCCCCAUGUUCUGUUGGGUGGCGCCCCCCAGGGCUGAAGGGUCGGUUCCUGGACAGCUGCAACAAGGGGAGGUCCCUCGAAGGCUGUCUGUUUAAAUGGUGCAAUGAGCUCCUGAUUCACUUUGUGUCGCACUUUAGCGAGACGGGAACAUCCACAGAGCUCUGAAGAGCUUAGAGCAAGCCACGCCCACAAUGAGCUCCUGUACAGCAGAGAUCAUCCUUGUCAGUGUUAAGAUGUUAAAACCCCAGCAGCCCCCGGUGCCUCUCCGCUGUCAUGUAGUUAUCCUCGUAACACACAUCCUUCCUGUCAUGUGGUUAUCCUCGUAACACACAUCCUUCCUGUCAUGUGGUUAUCCUCGUAACACACAUCCUUUCUGGAGGUGUGCUGUGUGACCCUCUUAACUGUGGAGAAGUAGGGGUGUGGUCACCUGGGUUGAACUGGAGCUGCAUAGCUCCUUGGAGUAGAUUGUUCAUGCUGGUUGGGUUCCCUGUCGAGGUGUUAUGAUGCAGAUUUCCUGUAGGCGGUUGGAAGGCAGCCUGGCUCGUAACAGUGCUCUAUAUCCCCUGAGAAGGACUUCCACAGAGUUCAGACCAGACGCUAGCUGCUACUGAAACAGCCUCUCUCUAUGGCUUCAUGUUUUGCCAACCCUACCGUAUAUAUUUUGUUGUGUUACUUUUUUAAAUGUAUCUUUGCAUAUUGCACUGAAAACGACCUGCCUUCUUCAAGCAGAGUGUGAACUGGUUGUGGUCCCAUGUGAAGCUACACAAGGUGGAAAGGGAGAGAGUCAGAAGAGCCUUGAGGAUGAACCUUGAUGAAUGUGUUUGUGGCGUGUUAUUGAAACUAACAAACAGUGAGAAGAUGUCACUCCAGACCACAGUGGGGGUCAGAAACCUUGGAAGGUUUUUACCUUUUGACCUGCUUCUGUUUUCAACAACUUCCAAACGUUCACAUGCCACCAUCCUCUUGAUUGGUCAGCAAAAACUGAUGUGGUCCAAUAGGAUGAUAGUCACUGUUCUCCAAAACCACAGAGUGAAGACCUCUGAGCCACAGCUUGGAUCCUGACCCACAAUGGAGCGUUGUCUGUUUUUAUGCCAAAGGACUUCUCACAUACAAGUUUUAGCUUUAUUCAAUAUGUAUUUUGUAGUUUUUUUUAUUGUGAUUAUUGCUGAGCAAUUACGUCAUGUCAUUAUCAAGUCUCAGAACCAUUAUUUGCACAAUGGUUGAGUUCACGAAUAAAAAUAAAAAAACUCUUUCAAAUCACUUAUGGAUUCACAGUAUGCAGAGAAUUCUGAAAUUCAGAUUGUGACUGGAGCAGAGACAUUUGUUCAGAUUCUUCCAGUCUUAUGUAACGGUCACACCUGGCUUGGCCCAUAGGGGGCAGCAAUGUUCAGAUUAGUGGACCAGAGGUUGCAGAAAGUCUUGAUCAGCAGAAUACAUAGAAAGAUUUUGUUGAUUAUAAAUAUGACCAAUCUUUUCUAUUCUUUCUAUUUGAUUUAAAUUGUUGUUCAACUUUAAAAUGUUGUCCCUUAAUAUAACAAAUUCAAAGAGUUCUCCUCUUUCAAGUUUAAAGUACAUUUAGAAAGUAGAAUGACUUCAAAUCAUUACGCUUCCCAGAGCAGAGACCCACUGAAUUGAUGUGUUGUGUAACGGUGGUAACCCCAGGUAGUGUAAGUUCAUCAUUAAUCAUUAGAAUCUCUUGGCUGUAGAGAUCUCUUGGCUGUAGAGAUCUCUUGGCUGUAGAGAUCUCUUGGCUGUAGAGAUCUCUUGGUACAUGGACCAAACGUGAGCUUCUCACAUGAAGACCCUGCUGUCGUUUAGCGAUGUGAAUGUUUGUGUGGGGUGAGACGCUGACAGUUGCUCCUGUGGUCUAGGGUGGAUGAGCAUGGGCCUCCUGAAAUACCCAAAGGGACAUUCUGUAAGUGGCCACCCUCACUGCCCCUCUCCCUCUCUCCUGGGUUUGACAUGGCAUUGGCUCCCAGUCUAAACCCUGUCCUGGGUUUCUCCAACAACCCCCUCUCGGAUCUGUAGUGGAUGAAAUGCCCCAGCUUCUCUGAGGAGGUCUUCUCAACUGCAGCUUGAGCAACGCAGCUCCCUCCACAACAACAGGAUCUCGGACACUAUAGAGACAGUGGAAAACAUCUAUAAAUGGUGGCACAUGUAAGAUAAUGUAUGAUAUGUUAUUUUUAAAUUUUGUACCAGCAAACAGCUGAUGUUUAUAACUUGCCUAUUUAUGUAAACAACUAUUCUGUACAUACUCAACGG